AUGGCAGUGAUCCGAAUUCAAACUUUGAGGAAUGCGUGGGAGAAUCGUGGCUUUGGACGUGAGAUUGAUGGGCAUCGACCCGACCUGCAGCUGUACGCGUUAGAGACGACCGUGGGCGAGCUCCGGAAGCAAGCUAAACCAUCUGAAGUAGACCAACAAGAACUUGGUCGGAAACGUGUUAGAAAAACAAGAGAGCCCCGACCGGCAGGGUUUAAAUUUGGCGAUCAUAUCAAGUACCUACAAUGGGUGUGUUUAGGCGAUCUACCGGAAAUUUCGUACCGUCGAUUAUGGUGGUACGAACACCCAUGGUGUUGUAAGCUUUUCGAUAACGCAUCGGAAACCGGAAAAGCGGGCCAAAACCCGGUUUGGGAUCUGGUGUUUGAAGGCGACUUUUCGGAGCACUUCCGAGCUGAUGAUAUGUUAGUGGCCGUGCAGCUGUAG